UCGGACAGAUACGACAGCAAUUGCAGAGCUCUCUGUACCUACUUCUAUUAUUCACCUUUUUCGCAGCAAACGAACUCGGUUGCCGUGGUUGCCUUUCCAGCGAUGUAAUCGCCCCCUCCAUCGUAGUUUUACAGGCUGUUCACCACGGCCGAUUUAAAACUUUUGUUUCUCAACAUUUCUGCAAAGUCAAAGCACCUGCCGAGUUGAGCGACUCACCUCAACUGAGUCAACACAGCCGUUGCGGAGUCAACUGGUCGUGAUUUCAUCUCUGUUUUCUAAAAAGAUAAACAGAAACAGAAUGACUUCACACGAAGAGUUUGCACACUUACAAAUCGCGCUUGAAGAGAUAGAAAAGGCUACCAACCAUUUUUCGGAUGAAAAUCUCAUCGGCCGAGGUGGAUUUGGGAAGGUUUAUAAAGGAAACUUGUUGCUGUCCGGACAACAAACUAAGAUUGUUGCAAGGAGGUUGCACUAUGAUUAUGGCCAAGGAGAUCUUGAGUUUUGGACGGAGAUUAUGAUGCUUUCUAGCCUCAAGCAUAGAAAUCUUGUUUCUUUUGUUGGAUACUGUAAUGAAAAACGCAAGAAGGUCAUCAUAAACAAAUACGAGUCCCGUGAAAGCCUUGACAAAUAUCUACAGAGUUCCGACUUGACAUGGCUGCGGCGACUGCAAAUAUGUGUUGGCAUUGCGCGUGCAUUGAACUACAUCCAUUAUGAUAGUGGACGCGAUUACAGUGUUAUACAUCGUAAUGUAAAGAGUUCAAAAAUUUUACUAGAUGACAACUGGGAACCCAAGUUAUCUGGUUUUGAACUUGCCAUGAGAAAUACAAGUGAGCGAAGACAUCGUCUUCUCCUUGCUGAAGUUGUUGGCACGGUAGGAUACGUGGACCCGACAUAUGAAAAGACUGGAUUUGUGACCCACAAGUCAGAUGUCUACUCCUUCGGGGUUGUAUUAUUUGAAAUCAUGUGCGGGAGGAAAGCGUUUAUUCCAGACGAACAGAAAGAGGGAAAUGUGGAUGUCCAUAAACAAUCUCACUCCCGAAAAGAUACCUUGGUACCAGCACAGUUGUCGUCUAGGAAAUCGUUGUUUACCCGUGUAUGGUUGUCAUUGUCUAAUUGCGUAAGGCGCUCACCAUCUACCGAUGUACAACCCUCUACAUUUGCACCAUCUAUCGAUGUACAACCCUCUAUAAUUUCACCGUCUACCGAUGUACAACCCUCUACAUCUACCAAUGUACAUCCGUCUGCUACAUCUACCGAUGGACGUCCGCCUUCAUUUACUUUACCAAAGUUUGGUGACUGGGAGGACUAUUCUAGUGACGGACGGUCUUAUUCGUUUGUUAAAGGAGAGCCGUCUUCGUUUGUCCGGUCGCACCAUACGUCCUCUUCAGACAUCAAGAUACCUACUGACAAACCAAUACCGUCACCUUCCAACGCCCUGUCAGGAAAAUCGUACCCACUGCAACCCUUAUUCACCAUGAAAAGACUUGAUCAGUACUUGCAUACUCCAUACCAUGAGUUAUUGGCUCAAUUGGCCAAAUCCCAUUAUGAUGAGGAAAACCUGGAUGAUAUAGUCGAUCCGGCUCUACGGGAGCAGAUGGACCCAGAAUCAUUCAAAAUCUUUUCAGAAACAGCAUAUAACUGCUUGAAGGAACAACGAGCACAACGUCCCAAUAUAGAUCAGAUUCUCAGAAACCUUGAGAAUGCGUUGAAACAUCAAAUGAGAAGGGGUAAUGCGGGGCACUCAGUAGUUCAAAGAUCAACUUCAAGCCACUGGAAGGGAGAAAAUCUGGAACACUUGAGAAUCCCACUAAUUGAUAUAGUGUUGGCUACCAAGAAUUUUACCAAAAGAUAUCUCGGGUCAGGCACAUAUGGUAGAGUGUACAGAGCAGAACUUGAGCUGCCAAUAGAGGAGAAAGGUGAAGUUUCCAAGAAAUUGAGAACUGUAGCUAUAAAAUGUAUCAGAGAAGACAGGCAUGGAAAAAAAGGGUUCAUUGCUGAAAUUGAGUUACUUACUAAUUGUAAGCAUGACAAUAUAGUCUCUCUUCUGGGCUUUUGUGAUGAAGCUCAUGAAAUGAUCCUUAUCUACGAGCAUGCUUCCAAUGGUAGUCUUGAUAAUUAUUUGGGAAACACAUAUAACUCGACUAAUCUUACUUGGGUGCAACGCAUAAAGAUUUGCCUUGAUGUUGCACGCGGAUUGAACUACCUCCACACAAGGGUGGAGGAUGAACAAAGGAUAGUUCAUCGUGACAUAAAAAGUGGCAAUAUAUUGUUGGGCAAGAAUUGGGUGGCGAAGAUUGCUGACUUUGGACUCUCGAGAUUCUACCAUAACAAUGAUCAAGGAAAAACUCUAUAUACAGAAAAUGUUGCAGGCACAAAAGAGUAUUUGUGCCCGGAGUAUAUGAAGACAGGAAGGUUGAAAAGAGCAAUAGAUAUUUACUCUUUCGGAGUAGUUUUAUUUGAGAUCUUGUUCGGGAAGCUUGCUAAUGAUCCAAUUUACACUUCAGAGGAUGAAUACGGAAUUGCACAGGUUGCACGACGAGGUUUUGAAGAGAGCAGAAUACAUGAAAUGCUAGAUCCUAAAAUUAUGGAAGAAGUAGAUGAACUCGCAUCCACUUUACAUAAAGGACCUAAUCAAGAUUCUUUGAGAACAUUUUUGGAAGUUGCAUAUAGAUGUGUGGCAAUAACUCAAGACGAACGUCCUAAUGCAAAUGAUAUCCUUGAUGAACUUGAAAAGGCAUUAUCAUUUCAAGAAAAUAACAAGGACAACCUCCAAAUGUCAUUUGAAGAAAUUAAAUUGGCCACACAAGACUUCCAUCGUGAGAAUAUCAUUGGAGGGGGAGGAUUUGGAAGAGUAUUCAAAGGAGAAGUUACACGUGGCAAUCAACGUACAACGGUUGUUGCAAAAAGGUUGGAUAGGAGUCAUGGUCAGGGAGAACAUCAUUUCUUGACAGAGCUGGAAAUUCUUUUCGAGUAUAAACAUGAAAAUAUCAUAGGUCUUGAAGGCUAUUGUAAUGAAAAUGCUGAAAAAAUCAUUGUUUAUGAGCAUGCGUCUAAUGGAAGUCUCGAUAGAUAUCUGAAUGACGUAAGUCUUACAUGGACUAAAAGACUCAAAAUAUGCAUUGAUGUUGCGAGGGGGUUAGCCUUUCUUCAUGGAGGUGCUCCAACAAAAGAGAUGGUGAUACAUAGGGACAUCAAAAGUGCCAACAUUCUACUUAAUGCUGAUUGGAAGGCAAAGAUUUCUGAUUUUGGGUUAUCUGCAAUAACUGCAAUAAAUCAAGAAGUCAUCGACAAGCUUGUAGGUACAGUUGGCUAUGUUGACCCUGUAUAUGAGACUAGAGGUUUCUUCACCGAAAAGUCUGACAUUUACUCCUUGGGAGUGGUUUUAUUUGAAAUCUUGCAUGGGAAAUUGCUAGUUCCUAAAACAAAGGAUUAUGAUCAGCAACAUGUAAGCACAAUCCUUAAACACAUCCAUGAAGAAGGGAAACUUGGUUUGAUUGUGUUUGAGGGUAUAAAGGAACAAGUUGCACCAGAAUCAUUGUCUACAUUUCAAGUGAUUGCCAGUCAAUGCUUAAACAUUGUUAGAAACAAACGACCAACAGCAGAAGAGGUGUUGCAACAACUUAACAAGGCAUUGGAGUUUCAAGAGGAUUAUGAAAUAUGGGGUCCUAAAUUGCCGAAAGACUAUGAAGAGAUAAUCAAAUUGUCAAAAUCUUCUGAAAUCUACUCUACCAUAAAGAAGAAAGAUCUUUACAACAUUUUCUCCAAGGGUAUCAUCCUUCAAGAUGACAAAGUGUGGUUUUCACUGGGAAGUAAUGGCGAAAGAAAUGAAAUGAUAUCGGCUACAAAGUUUUCCUAUAUAAACCGUAGUCCACAUAAGUGGAAAUAUGUUCCAGAAUCAAGGUUUAAAAAGGUAGCAGAGAUGUUAGAUAUUUCGAGUCUGAUGAUCAAAAUCAAGUCAAAAACUCGACUUUUAUCCCUAGAUGCCAUAUAUAGGGUCUAUUUAGUCUUCAAAUUUUCGGAUUCAAGAAAAUUUUCAACUAAACCUAUGUAUGUGAACCUUACGUACACAAAGGGGAGUGAAACCUUACAUGCAUAUUUUGCAACAUGGAGAGAUCACGAGUGGAUGAUGAUCGAGUUGUGGCGAUUCUUGAACCACAAGGAAGAUCUCGGUUUUAAGUUUAUAUUAGAAAGCUUCUCACCAUACUAUUGUGGAGAUUGUCCCAUCUAUGUUGAAGGUCUUGAGUUUAGAGCACUUGAUGAUGCUAAGCAUGUAGGAAUCAUGAGAUCAAACUUGAACAUUGAUCAGAUGCAACAAUUGUCUACUAAUUGUAAACAAAAGUAUAAAGAUUCCAUAGACUAUGAGGAUGGGAAGUUCAUGCUAAGUGAAAUUAAUGGAAGGAGACAUCUUAUGCUAUCGGCUAAGGCGGCUUUUCACAACUUUUCUAAUGCGAAGCUUUUUACUUCAAAACCAACAUCCAAGUCAAGAUUUCAAAAAGUGAUUGAACUCUUACCGCAGCAAGUAUUUCGUAUCAAUUGCACCAUUAAAAGUCGAAUGUUGUCUCAAGAUACAGAAUACGCGUGUUACCUUGUUUUCAAGCUUUCAGAAACAUGUCAAGGGUUGCAUUGUCCUGUGAAAGUUCGAGAUUUACUCCAACAAGAAAACAAAGAGAGUGAAAUUCUUUAUUUUAUAUCCCCAAGCCCAUGGAAUAUACAUCAUGUUACUCGGGUUCCACAACAAAGGGAAGAUGGAUUGAUGGAAGUUAAUGUCUGGAAAUUUAAGCUGAAUCAUCAAGUUAAAAAUGAUUGUUUUCUUGUAAAUUUGAAAUUUACGAGUUAUGAAGGACCUAUGUCUGGUCUUAUUGUAUAUGGACUCGAAUUUCGGCCACUUUUAGAACAUUAAAUGAUUAAUAUUAAUUAGCAAAUUAUAAGAA